GGCGCCGCUCUGUGGGCGCCGCGCGGCUGCUUCGGGGCCCGGCUGCGGCUGCGGGCGCUGGGCGCCGGCGUGCGGGGGGCGGCGAGGGCCGCGGCAGCAGGAAAGCAGGACUUUGAUCUCCUGGUGAUUGGAGGAGGGUCUGGUGGCCUCGCCUGCGCAAAGGAAGCUGCUCAGCUGGGAAAGAAGGUGGCGGUGCUGGACUACGUGGAUCCUUCCCCCCGAGGUACCCGCUGGGGACUUGGUGGCACCUGUGUGAAUGUCGGCUGCAUCCCCAAGAAGCUGAUGCACCAGGCGGCACUGCUUGGGGGUUUGCUUCAAGAUGCCCCCCAUUAUGGCUGGGAGGUGGCCCCCUCGGUUCAGCAUGACUGGAGGAAAUUGGCCGAAGCUGUUCAGAACCACAUAAAGUCCCUGAAUUGGGGACACCGUGUUCAGCUGCAGGACAGAAAUGUCAAGUACUUUAACCUCAAAGCCAGAUUUAUCGACAAGCACACCGUCUGCGGGGCUACCAAAGGUGGUAAAGAGACCCUGCUCACUGCCAAUCACAUUGUCAUUGCCACCGGAGGGCGGCCAAGGUAUCCUGAGCAAGUCGAAGGGGCCCUGGAAUAUGGAAUCACGAGCGACGACAUCUUCUGGCUGAAGGAGUCUCCCGGGAAAACAUUGGUGGUUGGAGCCAGCUACGUGGCCCUGGAGUGUGCCGGCUUCCUCACCGGGAUCGGACUGGACACCACGGUCAUGAUACGCAGUGUGCCCCUCCGAGGCUUCGACCAGCAAAUGUCUUCCUUGGUUACGGAGUACAUGGAGUAUCAUGGCACCCAUUUCCUGAGAGGCUGCACCCCCUCCAGAGUGAGGAGACUCCCCAACAACCAUCUGGAAGUCACCUGGGAGGACAAAGCAACUGGCAAGAAGGACACGGGCACCUUUGACACUGUCCUCUGGGCCAUCGGUCGAGUUCCAGAGACCAGAAGCCUGAAUUUGGAGAAGGCUGGUGUGAAAACCAACCCUGACAGCCAGAAGAUCUUGGUCGAUGCCACAGAAGCCACCUCUGUCCCCCACAUCUUUGCCAUCGGAGAUGUGGCAGAGGGCCGGCCCGAACUGACCCCCACGGCCAUCAUGGCUGGGAAGCUCUUGGCGCAGCGACUCUGUGGCCAGUCCUCGGCACUGAUGGACUAUGACAACGUGCCCACGACCAUCUUCACCCCACUGGAGUAUGGCUGUGUGGGGCUGUCAGAGGAGGCCGCUGUGGCCCACCAUGGCCAGGAAGGUGUGGAGGUUUACCAUGCACAUUACAAGCCGCUGGAGUUCACAGUGGCCCAGCGGGAUGCCGCCCAGUGCUACAUCAAGAUGGUGUGUCUGCGGGAGCCCCCGCAGCUGGUUCUUGGCCUGCACUUCCUCGGCCCCAACGCAGGCGAAGUGACUCAAGGAUUUGCUCUGGGGAUCAAGUGUGGGGCCUCCUAUGCGCAGGUGAUGCAGACGGUGGGUAUCCACCCCACCUGCGCUGAAGAGGUGGCCAAACUGCACAUUUCCAAGCGCUCAGGCCUGGACCCCACAGUGACAGGUUGCUGAGGUUAAGCCGCCAUCCCUGCCAGGCCAGGCCACGGUGCACCGCCACUCCCACCCCCCACCAGGCUCCACAGAGGCUCAGAACUGGAAACCAGGCCUGGGAGAGCCCUGAGCCCAUCUGAUCGGGAGGCGUGUCUGGACCCAGUGCCCAUGUGGCCUGCAGGGAUGGCUCUGAAUCCUCACACUGUACCCCACAUCCUUUCCUACCUGGGCAACCCCCAUGUCAGAGUAUGACGACCUGGUCAGAAACCUGCCCUGCAGGCUGUCCAGGCCUGAACCCCAACCUGGCAUCUACGGAGUAAAAUAAAGAGGGUGUUUCCCUGA